AUGAAUAAGAAUUUGGAAAUUGUUAUUAGAAGCAUUUUUGCUAUAUGCGGACUUCUUAUUUCACGAAAAUUCCUGAGAAGAUUCCAAAGAUAUAUGGAUUUAGUAUUUUAUGGAAAAGUAAAUACGUUUCCUCUCACUUUGAGCGAAUCAAAAGAAUUCUUAUUAGAAAACCCAUAAUCAAAAUAUUUAUAUCUAACUGGACAUAUUCUGCCAGCAGAUUAAUAAUAAACAAGGUUUCUUCAACUUUAAUGUGGUAUUAAAGAUAUGUUUGAAUUUAAAGUAAAUGAAUUUUAAUUGCUAGAUAUUUAACAUAAGUAUAAUUAUAAAAUAUCAAAAAGCGAAAGAAAGAAUAUUAAGAUAAAUGCUGACAGCAUAUUGCUUCCUGGAUUAUUCGACUAUUCAAAAUCUUAUUUAUAUUAAUAGGAGAGCAGCUCAUUCAUAAAAAAAGUAAAUUGAUUUCAAAUUUAGAUUUUAAAUAAAAUACCUAUCCUAAAUUAAAAAUCUAGAAUAGUUGAAACUCAUAAAGGAGUUUAAUUUGGAUAGUUCACAACUAUGUUAUGCGAAAAAAAUGGAGAUAAUUUCAAUUUAUUGUAUCUCUCCAAUUAUAAUUACAACAAAAUAUACAAUCAGAUUCAUAAAGAUAUGUUUAAUGCUGCCACUGCAGCAUAGCUUUUAUUUACUAUAGUAAGCGUUUCAUAAUUGAUAUAUUUAAUUAUAAAAAAGUUGUAAAAGAAAAACGAUGAAAAUAAUCUUUUAGAUCAACAAGCUCCACCCCUAUUUAAAAAUUCUAUUAGCGUUAUUCUAAACAGCCAAAAUGAGUAGGACAUAUGUGUUAUUUGUCUUACAAAAACGAGAAGUAUAAUAUUGGAACCUUGUCUUCAUUUUAUUUUAUGCUAAGAAUGUGUGAAUCAUUUGGAUAAGGAAAUCUGUCCGUUUUGUAGGAUUAAAAUAGAAAAAAAAAUAAAGGUUUUAUAUAAUGAAUGA